AAUCUGUAAGUCUUUGCGGAAGCAUGUUAUCAAAACGACUCCAAACUUCAGCAUUUUAAUGCCAGUAUUUUUGACACCCAGUGUAGAUUAAACAUAUUAAUUCAAAGUGAAACAGACCUGAAUUUAAUUUGCCAUGUGAAAAUAUUUUAGCUGGUGCUCUAGGAUGGUGUCAUUGCCUCCUGGAACCGGCCAUGAUUAAGUUCAGAAGAUUCAUGGCAUCUUCUGUUUGUCUGACUGAUUUCAUCAUAGUUAUAUAUGUGUAUCUAUGAUUGGUCAUCUAAAUAUUUGAACAAUAUCAAGUAUUAUUUUCCUUCAAGACACAUGCCUAAAAUUUACAUUUCAUGUAAGAUCUAGCUUAAAUUCUUGUCUUUGAAAUAUCUAUGAAUGCAGGAAGUUUUGUGACUUGGAAGUACCCUUUUUCAGUCCCAGAGAAAGAUAUCAUGGAUAGCAGUAUACUGUUCUGCUGGCAUUUUGCUGUGACCAUAAGCCUGAUGGGCCUUGCUUAUUUUUUUGUGAAUUUAUUUCUAUUCAGGAAUAAGGACAAAAGUUUACAAAAUUCCAAGUCGGGGUCUGCAAAAUAUUGUGAUAUUAUUUUUGGAACGCAAACGGGAAAUGCUAAACUCUUUGCUGAAGAUUUGGCUCAAACAUUAAAAGCCAUAAAUUGGAUUGUAGUUGUCCAUGACAUGAAAACAUUGGAUGAUCCUGAAGAAUAUUUAAAAAUACAGGCAUCGAAAGAAAAACUCUGUAUUUUCAUUGUCUCAACAUAUAUUGAUGGGCAGCCUCCAGAAAAUUGCCAUUGGUUCUGUAAAUGGUUAGACGAAGCUUCUUGUGAUUUUCGGAUUUCAAGAGUUUUGCUGAAAGGGCUUAAGCACUGCAUUUUUGGUUUAGGAAGCUCUCUUUAUGAAGACAAUUUCAAUAAGGUAGCUAUUGGCAUUGAUGAAGCAUUAAGAACGUUAGCUUCAACGUCAGUUCUUCCAUUAGUAAAAGCAGAUGAAAAUGCUAAAACUAGUUUAGAAGAUAGCUACAAUAUCUGGAAGAAAGACUUGAAAGAAACGUUGUGUAGAGAAAAUAUGCUAAAAGAAGAAACACCAGAAAAUGAGCAAGAGAAAGAAACAAUUUCUGAAAGUAGUGAUGAAGAAGAAGAUGUAAUGGAUCUAGAAGAAUUAGGUAGUGCUUUUACUAAGAAAAUUCCGCAGCUGGAAGAUAACAACGGGCCAAAAGAGAUGAUUACCCCUCUUCUUCGCAAAGCACUUACAAAACAAGGCUAUAAGCUUUUAGGCAGUCAUUCAGGUGUGAAAAUGUGUCGAUGGACCAAAUCUAUGUUACGUGGUAGAGGAGGCUGUUACAAGCAUACAUUUUAUGGAAUAGAAAGUCACAGAUGUAUGGAAGCUACACCUAGCCUUGCAUGUGCAAACAAAUGUGUAUUCUGUUGGAGGCAUCAUACUAAUCCUGUGGGAACAGAGUGGAAAUGGAAAAUGGACAAUCCUGAAGAAAUUGUAGAUCUUGCUUUAAAAAGCCAUUAUAGUAUGAUAAAAGAAUUUAAAGGUGUACCUGGAGUGAAACCUGAAAGACUAUCUGAGGGCAUGGAAGUCAAGCACUGUGCCUUAUCUUUAGUUGGAGAGCCUAUAAUGUAUCCAGAGAUAAAUACUCUAAUUCGACUCUUACACAGUAAAAAAAUAUCAACAUUUCUUGUUACAAAUGCUCAGUUUCCAGAUGCUAUAGAAAAUUUAGACCCUGUUACUCAGUUAUAUGUUUCAGUUGAUGCUAGUAAUGAACAGAGCUUAAAAAAAAUCGACCGCCCUCUUUUUAAGGAUUUUUGGCAGCGCUUUAUUGAUAGCUUACAAGCAUUAUCAAAAAAGGGCCAGAGAACUGUGUAUAGAUUAACAUUAGUGAAAUCUUGGAAUACAGAAGAAAUAAAAGGCUAUGCUAAACUAGUAGAAAUUGGAAAACCAGAUUUUAUUGAAAUAAAGGGUGUUACAUAUUGUGGGACAUCCAAUGCAAGUAACUUAACAAUGAACAAUGUUCCUUGGCAUGAAGAAGUAUACUCAUUUGCCUUAAAGUUAGCUGAAAGCUUGUCUGAUUACAAGAUUGCAUCUGAGCAUGAGCAUUCUAACUGCAUUCUAAUUGCUCAUAAAAAGUUUUAUAUAAAUGGAAGAUGGCAUACAUGGAUUGAUUAUGAAAAAUUCCACUUGCUCAUUAAAGAAUUCUAUGAAUCAAAUAGAACAAAAUCAUUUGCCAGCGUUGAUUAUAUGUAUCCAACCCCAGAAUGGGCUGUCAUAGGUUCUGAAGAAAGAGGCUUUGAUCCAAGUGAAACAAGAUUCUUUAGAAAAACUAAGAAAGAUAUUAGUGGUUGCUGAUUUUUAUGAAAAACUGUUGAUCGAUUUUAUUUAUGCCAGUUUUACUUUGUGAUAUAUUGUACUAUUUAUAAUAAAUUCUAGAAAAUUAAUAUUCCACAAAA